AUGAACUCACUCAAUAUCCUCUCAUCCCGAGUCAUCAGACAGCCAUCCUCUUCCAAUCCCCGUCCUCGCUCCCGCUCACAGGGCCCUGCACUUUCCGGAAGCACUCGAAGUGACUUAGCUGCGGGCAGGUCCUAUAGCGAGGGAAAGCUGUACAUUGCGGAGUCUGUUAGUGCCCAGCUCCUGGGAGAGAUUCGCCAUCACACCGACGAAAACGACGACUCAUUAGACUUGCCUGACACAGUGGACGAGAAAUCUCCCCUCCUGCAGGGCUUACAAACUGGCGGCAUUCUUCCCGCAACAAGUAAACUGCAGUUGAUUGCUCAACGCCUCUUUGAUGCCAUUGCUGAAACAUUGAAAGUUAUAUUAUCUGCGCUUGCCUCUCCAGGUAUCUACGUUGCGCGUGCUUUUAGAGACGAUGCCGGACACUACUCUGUUCUGACGCCAGUAAGGCGGCUGGGGCGGCUUACCGGAGGCCCAAACAUGACCAUGACAGCGGCACACGGCAUUGGUAUCCCUGCCUCAGGACGCAAUGAUUCACCUGGUACAGAUAAGCCCCUUGGCGAGGGCGGGAGGAAUAUCAGGCGGCUAAGGAGUUCUACAUCCCGAGAGUCAAUGUCUUCCAAUACGUCGGAGUCUGAACCUGAUCGUCAUGGGUCGAAACAUUCUAAUGGUGGAGCACGAAGAUCGAAAUCAAUUCGCAAUUCAUCCUCCACUGACGACGGGACCCCCAGACGAUCAAUACGUAUAAAGCUCAACACUGAAAGCAAUUCGAAGCGAAAACAUCAGAAAGUAAAAACAGACACAUUGAGGCAAGAUUCCGAGAGCCGUGCGGCUGAAACCUUGAAAUCACCGAUGUCUCCAUCCUCCCAUAAACUCACGAAAUACCCCCAUGCCCCAUCUCCACCACGACCGCUCAUACCGCUGCGACAGCCCUCGUAUACUCCGCCCUGCAACCCCAGGUAUGGACCAUCUGCUCAAAAAACCCUUGUACUCGACCUUGAUGAAACUCUUAUCCACUCUUUGGCAAAGGGUGGCCGCAUGUCUAGUGGCCACAUGGUAGAAGUAAAAUUGUCAACACCGGUGACGACUUCAACCCCCGAAGGAUCGGCGACUACUAUCGGACCUCAGCACCCCAUCCUUUACUAUGUCCAUAAACGGCCACAUUGUGAUGAAUUUCUCCGCAAAGUAUGCAAAUGGUAUAAACUGGUUGUCUUUACCGCUAGCGUCCAGGAAUACGCAGAUCCAGUUAUUGACUGGCUCGAACAAGAACGCAAAUACUUUCAUCGUCGAUACUAUCGGCAACACUGUACAUUACGGAAUGGCGCCUAUAUCAAAGACCUCAGCUCUGUAGAGCCGGACCUGAGCAAGGUGAUGAUUUUGGAUAACAGUCCUAUGAGCUACAUUUUUCAUGAAGAUAACGCCAUUCCUAUCGAGGGCUGGAUCAACGACCCUACAGACAACGACCUCUUACAUCUCAUCCCAAUUCUAGAGGCGUUACAGUACGUAACUGAUGUUCGUGCUCUUCUUGCAUUACGACGCGGAGAAGCAGAAGCACAAUAG